CUCGAGGUUGUCCGCAGCCGACUGAGGCCACUGCUGGACCUCUCGGGGACGGAGGGGCUUGUCGCUCCAGCGAUAGUGAACACGGUACUUCUUGUCAAGGUUUCCUUGAAGGUCCAUGUGAGUGUGAGUCGCGAGCAGUGAAGGGUUCUCCAACGCGAUCAGGUGCAAUUCAAUGAACUGAGAGCGGAACGCCUGCUCGAGGUUGACGUAGGUGAUACCUGGAGUAGAGUUGAGAUACUCCUGGAUGCCUUCCUUGACCUUGUCCAUGUCCUUCUCCUUGGCUCCUUCGAUAAUCUUUGCCCAAGCCUCUUCAGCGGGGAUCUCGCCAACAGACGAGCGGUCAAUCUUGCGUGGAUUCUUGCAUAGAGCAGCCACAUGUCCUUCCUCUUGGCAGUUCUUGCACAGCAUGGGGGGUUUGUCCGGACAAUCCUUAGCCAUGUGGCCCUCCUUCUUGCAGAAUCGGCAUUCCCCAGUGAAUUCCUGGGGAGGAGCAGUGGGACAGUCACGGAUUGCAUGGCCGUCCUCAUUGCAAUGUCGGCACUUCAAGACACGAGGAUUGGGGCAUUCGGCCUUGUUGUGGCCCUCCUGGCCGCAGUUGAAGCAGGCUCGACCGCCUCCGCCAUCCUGGGGGCCAGAGUGGCCGACAGCCGCGUUGUCCCAGUCAGACAUUGUGGCUGCUUGAGGAAGUCGUUCACCUACGUUCCUGGACACCAA